AUGGCUACAUCAGGUCAAAAAGAACCAAUUCAUGUUGUAAUAACCGGAGCUGCUGGUCAAAUUGCUUAUUCAUUAGUUUAUCAAAUUUGUAAUGGUGAAGUAUUUGGAAAAGAUCAACCACUUAUUCUUCAUUUACUUGAUAUAACACCAAUGUUGGGUGUAUUACAAGGUCUAGUCAUGGAAAUUGAUGAUUGUAGUAUACCAUUAGUUAAAGGUGUUGUAACAACGGAUAAUGAAGAACAAGCAUUUAAAGAUGCUGAUGCUGUCUUUUUGGUUGGUGCUAUGCCACGUAAAGAAGGCAUGGAACGUAAAGAUUUACUUACUGCCAAUGUUAAAAUUUUCAAAUCACAAGGUACGGCUAUUGAUAAAUUUGCCAAGAAAACUGUUAAGAUUCUUGUUGUUGGUAAUCCAGCAAAUACAAAUUGUCUCAUUUUGGCUCAUUUUGCUCCAUCAAUUCCUCGAGAAAAUUUUAGCUGUUUAACACGCUUAGAUCAUAAUCGUGCAAAAGCACAAAUUGCAUCACGACUUAAAGUCUCACCUGAUGCUGUUAAAAAUGUUAUCAUUUGGGGUAAUCAUUCAGCAACACAAUUUCCUGAUGUUCGUUCAGCAACUGUGAAUGUUAAUGGUACCGAUACACCUGUUUAUGAUGCCAUUAAAGAUGAUCAAUGGCUCAAAAGUGAUUUUAUUUCCAUUGUACAAAAACGUGGUGCAGCUGUAAUUGCUGCACGUAAACUUUCAAGUGCUAUGUCAGCUGCUAAAGCUAGUUGUGAUCAUAUGCGUGAUUGGUGGCAAGGAACAAAAGAGAAUGAAUGGGUUUCCAUGGGUGUUGUUAGUGAUGGUUCAUAUGGUGUUGAAAAAGGAUUGGUAUAUAGUUAUCCAGUACAUAUUAAAAAUGGUCGUUAUUCAAUUGUUCAAGGAUUACCUGUUGAUGAUUGGGCACGUGAAUUACUGGACAAGACUCAAAAAGAAUUACUCGAAGAAAAAACUGAUGCAUUAAAAGCUACAAGCUCCGAAUAA